UUUAAAUAUGUAAUUCAGCAUCGGCGAACUUUUUAAAUUACAAUUUUUUUUUUUCGUUUUUUUUGUUGUUGCUGUGGCUUUUUCAACGUAAUCUUAAUUUUCUAUCUUUUCGUUAUAAUUUUAAAUGUUCCUUUGGACAGAAAGUGCCUACGCGUGUGAAUUGUGUGCCUGUGUCGUUGCGAUCUCGCUGAAACUUGUUGCUGAAAUAAUACAUAAAUUUCAAUGAAUAUUGUAUUGAAAUAAAAUUAUUAUGUGACGAUGAGACGAUCGUGUAUAUCUUCGUGCGAAUAAUCGAGUAUUAGUGGCCGUAGUGCAGCAGCGAUCCAAGUUCCACUUUAUAUUAUACAAAUGUGCAUGUGAAUAAUAAUGUGAUUAAUAGCAGCAAGUUCCGAAAGAAAAAAAAAACAAAAAACUCUCGAACUUAUGGCAGAACAAUCGUGAACGAUUACUCGAAGAAAAAAAAAGGAAGAAUCGCAGUCAGUGUGUGCGCGUGUUUGUAUCUGUAUUCGUGUGUGUGUGUAUGUGUGGUCAUACUCUCGCAUCUUUUUUGCAGUUUGCUGCCCGUAGUAUAAGUUAUAAUUAUUUGUGGGUCAAUGACAUCGACACAAUCGUCUACGUAUACGGUCACGAAAGAUAUUACGUGUCUAGUCACUUCGUCCAUAUCGAUAUCCCGCGAUCUUCUGCAGCAGCAUCACCAUCAUCAGCAGCAGCAGCAGCAGCAACAGCAUCAUCAUCAUCAUCAUCAUCAGCAGGGGGAGAUCGUCAAAAACGGCACCAGCAACAACAAUAUCAACAGCCAAAAUAAUCAAAACAACAACAACAACAACAACAGCAGCGAUCAGUCGUCACCGUCGGACGGAGCCGCGCAGCACAACAAUAAUAAUUGCUACAAUCAGACCGAGAAGAUCCAAGUGGAGAAGACGGUGAACAUCGAGUGCGUCGUUUGCGGCGACAAGAGCAGCGGCAAGCACUAUGGACAGUUCACUUGUGAAGGAUGCAAGAGUUUCUUCAAGAGGAGCGUCAGGAGAAACCUCACCUACUCGUGCCGUAGCAAUCGUAGCUGCGCGAUAGACCAGCACCACAGAAACCAAUGCCAGUUCUGCCGGCUGAGGAAGUGCUUCAAAAUGGGCAUGCGUAAAGAGGCCGUACAAAGAGGACGAGUACCUCCGGGCCAGAUGAGCCUGUCGAUGAGCGAUCGCUUCCCGAUGGAGAACGGCGGACUCGGCGGGGCCGCGGCGGCAGCGGCAGCCGCAGCCGCCACCGCAGCAGCCGCCGGGAUCAACUCCGUCGGUGGCAUGGGAGGCGUCGGCGCCGGCGGCCUGGACCCGGCCAUGUCGUGCGGCCACGCCAACAAUACCCACGUGUAUUACUCGUCGCACAUCAGUCUGCUGCUGCGCGCCGAGCCGUACUCCGAGACGCGCUUCAGCCACUGCAUGCAGCAGUCGACGAGCCUCACGGCCAUCGACAACAUCAGCGAGAUCGCCGCCCGUCUGCUCUUCUCGGCCGUCGAGUGGGCCAAGAACAUCAGCUUCUUCUCGGAGCUGAACAUCACCGAUCAGGUGGCGCUGUUGACUCUGGUCUGGAGCGAGCUGUUCGUCCUCAAUGCGAGUCAGUGGUCGAUGCCGCUGCACGUCGACUCGAUCUUAGCGGCGGCGGGCCUCGACGUCUCGCCCAUGGCCGCCGAUCGCGUGGUCGCGUUCAUGGAUCACAUAAGGAUAUUUCAGGAGCAGGUGGAGAAGUUGAAGACGCUCCAGGUGGAUCUGGCCGAGUACAGCUGCCUCAAGGCCAUCGUUCUCUUCACUUCGGACGCUUGCGGCCUGUCCGACAUGGUGCACAUCGAGAAUUUCCAAGAGAAGUGCCAAAGCGCCCUGGAGGAGUACUGCCGCAUACAGUAUCCGAACCAGCCGACGAGGUUCGGCAAGCUGCUGCUGAGGCUGCCCUCGCUCAGGACGGUGCCGUCGCGGGUCAUCGAGAAGCUGUUCUUCGUGCGACUGGUCGGCAAGACCCCGAUCGAGACUCUCAUCAGGGACAUGCUGCUCAGCGGUAGCAGCUUCAAUUGGCCCAUCGCGCUGGGCAUUUGAUGGAUCAGUUUUGUUUGUUGUUGUUGUUGUUGUUGUUGUUUUAUAAAACACGCACACAGACGCGUGUGUAGAAAAUAGACAGAA